AUGAAUGAUGAGUUUCGAAUUGGAAUGCAUAUUCUUGCUGUUGAUGAUGACAGAACUUGUCUCAAGAUUUUGGGGAGACUUCUCGAAAGCUGUCAAUACCAUGUAACCACUGCUCCAAGUGCACGAAUGGCACUGAAUUUGUUGAGAGAAAACAAAAACAAAUAUGACUUAGUAAUGAGUAACGUUCAUAUGCCAGACAUGGAUGGAUUUAAGCUUCUUGAGCUUGUUGGACUUGAGAUGGACCUACCUGUCAUAAUGUUUUCUGAAAAUGAUGAUCCUAAGCUGGUGAUGAAAGCAAUUGAUGUUGGUGCUUGUGAUUAUCUGCUGAAACCUGUUCAACUGAAAGAGGUGAAGAUGAUUUGGCAACAUGUAAUCAGAAAGAAGAAAACUAGCAAAAGAAGCAAUGACGAUCCUCGGUUUAAAUGGUCCCGUGACUUACACCACAAGUUUGUUGUCGCGGUUAAUCAAUUUGGCGUUGAAAAGGCUAGACCAAAAAAGAUUCUUAACUUGAUGAAUAUUGAAAAUCUUACAAAGGAACAUGUGGCCAGCCAUCUCCAGGUAUUUUUCUUUAUCUCUUAUGCUUUAGAUUUUUAAGCUAUGAAGACAACUAUGAC